AUGGCGUCAGCCGCCGUAGGGGCAUGGCCAUCCAUUGCGAACUCGUUAGCGACGCCCUGGAGAAAUGCGACGUUUCCGACACGACGCCUGGAGACGAUACCCGUAUCCGAUCCCCAAGCUGCUGAGCAAGCUGCAUCCAAGCCAUCGUUGGUACAAUUGCCAGACUUUAUGCGAGAUGCCAAUACGUCACUAUGCAUCCCCUCCCCGCUGCCUGAGGGCAUGAUGUCGAUGAAUAUCUGGAAUACCGUGUCCAACCUCUCUCAAGUUGGCUUGCGCGCCGCGAAUCCCGUUUUGCGCCAACCCUACUUCCAGCCAAAGGGAUUUGUCCCACGGGCGCAGUGGCGGCCCUUUGCUUCCAUGAGUAUUCAGAGACCCAUGUUCAACAUUGUGGCAAUGCAACGAAGAAGCUUUGGAACAGGAUUUGGCAGCUCAAACGGAAUCUCCCGCAAUCAGCUAGCCACUGUUGAAGAGUCGGCAAACCGUAACGCUGGCAAUGCCAACAUGCAGAAUGCCUUCUAUCAGCUCCUGCUUCGUGCAAAUAUGCCUGGAAUCUUAGUGGAACGCUACCAGUCAGGACGGUUCGCAACAAACGCAGCAACCGAAGACGCGUACAAGAAAGCCUUGACAGCACUCAAUGCAGGCACUAAUGCCACCGGUGGGCUGGCUGCCACAACUGGAUAUGCUAGAGGACAAUGGACUACGCAAGAGCAAGCUAUCGUAAAUGCUGCCGCUGCCGGUGGCCCAUAUGGCCAUGGCGCCAAAGGAGGCAAAGGAGAGCCAAUUCACGUGGUUGUUCAAGAGUCAACACGGUCACUCAUCUUCCGCUGGGUCAAGUUCUUUGCAACGUUUGUCGUGGUUACAUACCUCUGCUUUGCCGCCGUCACCAUUCUCAUUGAGACCUUGAGCACCUUCAGACGGGGACCCGGAGCCAAGACGGACUCAGAGGUAAAGGCAGAGAAGCAGACGACCCGAUUUAGUGACGUCCAUGGAUGCGACGAGGCCAAGGAGGAGCUGCAGGAGGUUGUUGAAUUUCUCAAGAACCCCGAAAAUUUCUCUGACCUAGGCGCCAAGCUCCCCAAGGGUGUUCUGCUCGUUGGUCCGCCCGGAACCGGAAAGACGUUGCUUGCUCGAGCAGUUGCCGGAGAGGCCGGGGUGCCCUUCUUCUACAUGUCUGGCAGUGAAUUUGACGAGAUCUUUGUCGGCGUGGGAGCCAAGCGUGUGCGCGAACUCUUUGGUGCGGCCAAGGCAAAGUCUCCUGCCAUCAUUUUUAUCGAUGAACUGGAUGCUAUUGGUGGCAAGAGGAACCCUCGAGAUCAGGCGCACGCGAAGCAGACUCUCAACCAGCUCCUUACCGAGCUCGAUGGAUUUGACCAAGACACCAAGAUUAUCAUCAUGGGCGCUACCAAUCUGCCAAACCUGCUGGACAAGGCUUUGACCAGACCAGGUCGAUUCGAUCGUCACAUCAACGUGGACUUGCCCGAUGUUCGUGGGCGCCUCGCUAUUCUGAAGCACCACGCCAAGAAGAUCAAGACGUCGCUGGACGUUGAUUUGGAUGCCAUUGCUGCCCGCUCCCCCGGACGAUCUGGCGCCGAACUGGAAAACAUGCUCAACCUCGCCGCCCUUCGAGCCAGCAGAGCCAGAGCCACAGUGGUUUCCAAGGAAGACCUGGAUUGGGCAUUUGAUCGGGUCACCAUGGGAGCCGAGAGGAAGUCAAUGGUUGUUACGGAAAAGGAAAAAGAGAUGACGGCUUAUCACGAGGCCGGUCAUGCGCUUGUUCAGCUUUUCGAAAAGGACAGCUCCAGCAGACUGUACAAGGUCACCAUCCUGCCCAAGGGCCCGUCAUUGGGACAUACUGCCCACGUGCCGGAAAUGGACAAGUACUCGUACACUGCUGCCGAGUACAUGUCAAACAUUCGCGUGCUUCUUGGUGGGAAGAUGGCUGAGGAGAUGAGAUAUGGCGACGACAAAGUUACGUCUGGAGUAUCCAAUGACUUGGAGAAGGCCACUGAUUUGGGCUUCAUGAUGAUCACCAACUUUGGCAUGUCAAACGCACUGGGACCCGUGGAGUACGGCAGGAGGUAUGAAAAUCUCAGCUCUGAAACUAGAGCCAUGAUCGAGGGAGAAGUGCAGAAGACGCUGAAGAAAUCAUACGAGGACGUGAGAAAGCUCCUCACCGAGAAGCGAAAGGAGCUCGAUCUUUUGGCGCAAGCUCUUGUUCAGUAUGAGACUCUGGACAAGAACGAGGUGGAACUUGUGAUUCGAGGAGAGAAGCUGCCGGGGCGAAGCAUUGUUCCCAGGGGCCCUCUGGUACUGCCCAUUCCCGCGGACACACCCCAGCCACCAGGUCUGGGUAACGUGCCGCAUCCGCAGCCGUCGGGGUCUGAGGCACCUCCGCCAGUGCAGGCGGAUUCAUCAGGAGCUGACAGUUGA